UCCCUCCUCCCCCUGCACCGUCCCGGCGGCCUCCCGCCCUCCUCCCUCCCGGCCCCGCGCCUCCGGGAGCGGCCGCCGGUGCGCGUCGGGCUAAUGAAUGAUGCAGCGGCGCCCGCACCGGGAUUGUGUUGCACGAGCUGAAUUUUGAAUGAAGGAGAAGAGCUGUUGAUUCCCCCCCGCCCUCCAAGAAGUGUGGACUCUCUGGCUCGUUGUACUCUUUAAUUAUUAUUUUAUUUAAGUAUACGGCUUAAUUGUAUUAUUGAAAGAUGUAUCAGAUAUAUAUUUUAUGGUAAAACCCCCCCUCCCACCCCCCGGAAUACAUGCAUGCGCGCGGGACCGAAGACGCUCCAGGCCAGUGAGAGCGCCGCGCGUUGGAUGUGGCAUUUGGCACCGGCCCUGCACGGCGGUGGUCGGAAUAACAAGUGGUUUGCUUUUGGAACCGCACCUUUGGCAGUUCGGGUUCGGAGGGUCCGAGGGGACGCGAACCGUCGGGAGGGGAGCCGGCGGGACCCGAGGCCACCAUGUCCGGAGAGGUGCGCCUGCGGCAGCUGGAGCAGUUCAUCCUGGACGGGCCGGCGCGCACCCACGGGCAGUGCUUCAGCGUGGAGACCCUGCUGGACAUCCUCAUCUGCCUCUACGACGAGUGCAAUAACUCCCCGCUGAGGAGAGAGAAGAACAUUCUGGAAUACCUAGAAUGGGCUAAACCAUUUACUUCUAAAGUGAAACAGAUGCGAUUACAUAGAGAAGACUUUGAAAUAUUAAAAGUGAUCGGUCGAGGAGCUUUUGGAGAGGUUGCUGUAGUGAAACUAAAAAAUGCAGAUAAAGUAUUUGCCAUGAAAAUACUGAAUAAAUGGGAAAUGCUGAAAAGAGCAGAGACGGCAUGUUUCCGCGAAGAGAGGGACGUGUUAGUGAAUGGAGACAAUAAAUGGAUUACAACUUUGCAUUAUGCCUUCCAGGAUGACAACAACCUAUAUCUAGUUAUGGAUUAUUAUGUUGGUGGGGACUUGCUUACUCUGCUCAGCAAAUUUGAAGAUAGAUUGCCUGAAGACAUGGCUCGAUUUUACUUGGCUGAGAUGGUGAUAGCAAUCGACUCAGUUCAUCAGCUGCACUAUGUACACAGAGACAUCAAACCUGAUAAUAUAUUGAUGGAUAUGAAUGGACAUAUUCGGUUAGCAGAUUUUGGCUCUUGUCUGAAACUGAUGGAAGAUGGAACGGUGCAGUCCUCCGUGGCUGUGGGCACUCCAGACUACAUCUCUCCCGAAAUCCUCCAAGCCAUGGAAGAUGGGAAAGGCAGAUACGGCCCCGAGUGUGACUGGUGGUCGCUGGGAGUCUGUAUGUACGAGAUGCUUUAUGGAGAAACACCGUUUUACGCAGAAUCUCUGGUGGAGACAUACGGAAAAAUCAUGAAUCACAAAGAGCGGUUUCAGUUUCCGCCUCAGCUGACAGAUGUGUCUGAGAACGCCAAGGAUCUCAUUCGAAGGCUCAUUUGUAGCAGAGAACAUCGACUCGGUCAAAAUGGAAUAGAAGACUUUAAGAAACACCCAUUUUUCAGCGGCAUCGAUUGGGACAAUAUUCAGAACUGCGAAGCACCUUAUAUUCCAGAAGUCAGCAGCCCAACAGACACGUCGAACUUCGACGUGGACGAUGACUGUUUAAAGAAUUCUGAGACGAUGCCCCCACCAACACACACUGCGUUUUCUGGCCACCACCUGCCAUUUGUUGGUUUUACCUAUACUAGUAGCUGCGUUCUCUCCGAUCGGAGCUGUCUGAGGGUCACAGCUGCUCCCGCCUCCCUGGACGUGGACGCUAACGUCCAGAGGACGCUGGACAACAACUUGGCCACCGAGGCUUACGAGAGGAGGAUCAAACGCCUCGAACAGGAAAAGCUGGAACUGAGUAGGAAGCUUCAAGAGUCAACACAGACUGUUCAAGCUCUGCAGUAUUCAACUGUUGAUGGUCCACUAACAGCCAGCAAAGAUUUAGAAAUAAAAAGUUUAAAAGAAGAAAUUGAAAAACUAAGGAAACAAGUAAGAGAAUCGAGUCACUUGGAACAACAACUUGAAGAAGCUAAUUCGGUGAGGCGAGAACUAGACGAAGCUUUUAGACAAAUCAAGGCUUAUGAGAAACAAGUCAAAACAUUACAGCAAGAAAGAGAAGACUUAAAUAAGGAACUAGUCCAGGCUAGUGAGCGAUUAAAAAACCAGUCCAAAGAGCUGAAAGACGCACACUGCCAGCGGAAACUGGCCAUGCAGGAGUUCAUGGAGAUCAAUGAGCGGCUCACAGAAUUGCACACCCAAAAGCAGAAACUUGCUCGCCACGUCCGAGAUAAGGAAGAAGAGGUGGACCUGGUGAUGCAAAAAGUUGAAAGCUUAAGGCAAGAACUGCGCAGAACAGAGAGAGCCAAGAAAGAGCUGGAAGUUCACACAGAAGCUGUAGCUGCCGAAGCAUCUAAGGACAGGAAGCUGCGUGAACAGAGCGAGCACUACUCCAAGCAGCUGGAAAACGAGCUGGAGGGCCUGAAGCAAAAACAGAUUAGUUACUCACCAGGAGUGUAUAGCAUAGAACAUCAGCAAGAGAUAACUAAACUAAAGACAGAUUUGGAAAAGAAAAGUAUCUUUUAUGAAGAAGAAUUAUCCAAAAGAGAAGGAAUACAUGCAAAUGAAAUUAAAAAUCUAAAGAAAGAACUGCAUGACUCAGAAGGCCAGCAACUUGCUCUGAACAAAGAAAUUAUGAUUUUGAAAGACAAAUUGGAAAAAAACAGGAGAGAAAGUCAAAGUGAAAGGGAAGAAUUUGAAAAUGAGUUCAAACAACAGUAUGAACGAGAAAAGGUGUUAUUAACUGAAGAAAAUAAAAAACUGACAAGUGAACUUGAUAAGCUUACAGCUCUGUAUGAGAACCUCAGUGUACGCAACCGGCAGCUGGAAGAAGAAGUGAAAGACCUAGCAGACAAGAAAGAAUCCGUUGCACAUUGGGAAGCCCAGAUCACAGAAAUCAUUCAGUGGGUCAGCGAUGAAAAGGACGCACGAGGAUACCUUCAGGCCUUGGCUUCCAAAAUGACGGAAGAGCUGGAAGCAUUGAGGAAUUCCAGCUUGGGGGCACGAGCAACAGAUAUGCCCUGGAAAAUGCGGCGUUUUGCGAAACUGGAUAUGUCAGCUAGACUGGAGCUGCAGUCAGCUCUGGAUGCAGAAAUAAGAGCCAAACAGGCCAUCCAAGAAGAGCUGAAUAAGGUUAAAGCAUCGAACAUCGUAACAGAAUGUAAACUAAAAGAUGCGGAGAAGAAGAACUUGGAACUGCUAUCAGAAAUCGAACAGCUGAUCAAGGACACCGAAGAGCUUAGAUCCGAAAAGGGUGUAGAGCACCGAGACUCACAGCACUCUUUCUUGGCAUUUUUGAAUACGCCUACCGAUGCUCUGGAUCACUUUGAAGAUUCCUUUUCUUCUUCCUCAUCUUCACUGAUUGAUUUUUUGGAUGACCGCUCUCCGUCCUGUACUCCAGCUAGCAGAGGCCGACGUACUGUAGACAGUUCUCCACUUCCAGUUCACACACCAACCUUAAAGAAAAAGGCAUGCACUGGUUCAACUGGCUUUCCAGCUAAGCGCAAGACUCACCAGUUUUUUGUCAAAUCGUUUACGACUCCCACCAAGUGUCACCAGUGCACCUCGAUGAUGGUGGGGCUGAUCCGACAGGGCUGCUCCUGUGAAGCGUGUGGAUUCUCGUGUCAUAUAACGUGUGUAAACAAAGCUCCCACCGCGUGUCCAGUUCCUCCUGAGCAGACCAAAGGGCCCCUGGGCAUAGACCCUCAGAAAGGAAUAGGAACAGCCUAUGAAGGUCACGUCAGGAUCCCUAAGCCGGCUGGAGUGAAGAAAGGAUGGCAAAGAGCGUUAGCUGUGGUUUGUGACUUCAAGCUCUUCCUGUACGACAUUGCCGAAGGGAAGGCAUCGCAGCCCAGCGUGGUAGUCAGUCAAGUGAUUGACAUGAGGGACGAAGAGUUUUCUGUGAGUUCCGUCUUGGCUUCUGAUGUCAUUCAUGCAAGUCGGAAAGAUAUCCCCUGUAUAUUUAGAGUCACAACAUCCCAGCUCUCGGCUCCCAAUAACAAAUGUUCCAUCCUGAUGCUGGCCGACAGCGAGAACGAGAAGAGCAAGUGGGUGGGCGUGCUGAGUGAGUUGCAGAAGAUCCUGAAGAAAAACAAGUUCAGAGACCGCUCUGUCUAUGUCCCCAAAGAGGCUUAUGACAGCACUCUGCCCCUCAUCAAGACCACGCAGGCCGCUGCGAUCAUAGAUCAUGAAAGGAUAGCUUUGGGAAAUGAAGAAGGUUUAUUUGUUGUGCAUGUCACCAAAGAUGAAAUUGUUCGGGUUGGUGACAACAAGAAGGUCCAUCAGGUUGAACUCAUUCCAAACGAUCAGCUUGUUGCUGUGAUCUCAGGACGGAAUCGUCACGUACGCCUUUUCCCCAUGUCAGCUUUGGACGGACGGGAGACAGAGUUCUAUAAGCUGGCGGAAACCAAAGGCUGUCAGACCAUAACGUCUGGGAGAUUGCGUCACGGCACCCUCACAUGCCUGUGUGUGGCCAUGAAAAGGCAGGUCCUCUGCUAUGAACUGUUUCAGAGCAAGACCCGUCACAGGAAAUUUAAGGAAAUUCAAGUCCCGUCGAAUGUCCAGUGGAUGGCAGUCUUCAGUGAGCACCUCUGUGUGGGAUUCCAGUCGGGAUUUCAGAGGUACCCCUUGAGUGGAGACGGAAGCCCGUGCAGCCUGCUCCACUCGAGUGACCACACCCUGUCCUUCAUCACGCACCAGCCCCUGGACGCCCUCUGCGCCGUGGAGAUCUCCAGCAAGGAGCACCUGCUGUGUUUUAGCAGCAUCGGCGUCUACACCGACUGCCAGGGCCGCCGCUCUCGGCAGCAGGAGCUGACGUGGCCCGCUCACCCCUCCGCUUGUUGCUACAAUGCCCCCUACCUGUCCGUGUACAGUGAAAACGCGGUUGACAUCUUCGAUGUGAACUCCAUGGAGUGGAUUCAGACUCUCCCACUCAGAAAGGUUCGACCCUUAAACAGUGAAGGAUCAUUAAAUCUUUUAGGCUUGGAGACGAUUAGAUUAAUUUAUUUCAAAAAUAAGAUGGCAGAAGGGGAUGAGCUGGUGGUUCCUGAAACCACAGAUAACAGCCGAAAGCAGAUGGUCAGGAAUAUCAACAACAAGCGGCGGUUCUCGUUCCGAGUGCCGGAGGAGGAGCGGGUGCAGCAGAGGAGAGAGAUGCUACGAGAUCCUGAAAUGAGAAAUAAAUUAAUUUCUAACCCAACUAAUUUUAACCACAUAGCACACAUGGGUCCAGGGGAUGGAAUACAGAUCCUGAAAGACCUGCCCGUGCCAGGCUUCCCCUCUCCAUCCCCUCAUCACCACCCCGGUCUGAUCUCCUCUCCGGUCAACUUUGAGCACAUCUAUCACAUGACCGUUAAUUCUGCUGAAAAGUUUCUCUCUCCUGGUUUCGUAAACCCUGUGUGUUCCUCGUCUCUGCGCUCUGUCCCCGGUGCACCCAGCUUUAUGGCUCUGAGGAACCCGCGGCCUCAGGAGAGCCGGACGGUGUUCAGCGGCUCCGUCAGCAUCCCCUCCAUGAGCAAGGCCCGCCCCGAGCCCGGCCGCUCCAUGAGCGCCAGCAGCGGCCUGUCCGCACGGUCCUCCGCCCAGAACGGCAGCGCGCUCCGGAGGGAGUUCUCCGGGGGAAGCUACGGCGCCCAGCGGCACCCCCUGCCGUCCCCGUCCGAGGGCUCCCUGUCCUCGGGGGGCAUGGACCAAGGCAGCGACGCCCCGGCCCGCGACUAUGACGGGGAGGACUCGGACUCCCCGCGGCACUCCACGGCCUCCAACAGCUCCAACCUGAGCAGCCCGCCCAGCCCCGCGUCCCCACGCAAGACCCAGAGCCUCUCCCUGGAGAGCGCCGAGCGCGGCGCCUGGGACCCGUGACGGCCGAGGGGCGGCUCCGCGCAGCCCCGCCCGCCCGCCGCCGAGGACACCGCCCGCCACGGAGCCAGCGCCCCCGCCGCCUCCAGCCCCUGCUCCGGCCGCGCCCUCGCCGCCGUGCCCCUCGGACUCAGCGACGGGUU